CACACCACGGCUCACCUCGGGGGCUGUGCGCGGAAAUCCUUCUGAGGUGGCGAUCUCAAGCCACGGGUUGCCCCUCUCCUGUUGGGUUGCGGGGAACCGGCUGCCGCGCCCCUCUUCCCAGGAGAAGAACGGGGGCUGACCCCGUAGGUCCUAGAACUGGGGGAGACCAAGGGCCCGCUCCUCUCAUGAUGCGCACAUCUGCAGGGGUUUGUGCAGGACCAUUCUGCACCAAGACCCCUUCCUGGGGUUUCUAGCCCCGGCUCAUCGAGGUAGCAGACCCCUGCCCGGCCGCGCCCCGCCCCUGGCCCCCGCCCCGCCGACGUCGUAUUAGCAUGAGCGACGCAAGUGGCCGGGGCACCACUCGGGGGCCGGGACUCGCCGCGUCACAGCCCCGAGUGGAAGGGAAAAAAAGAGGAGGAGGCGGAGGAGGAGGCAAGAGCCGACGCGAAGGGAGGGGAGCGCCGCGGCUGGGCUAGUGAGCUGGCGGGCGGCAGAAGCAUGUCCCUCGGCCCACGGGAGCGGCUUCGGCACGGCAGGGAGUGCGUGCUGCGCUCCCCCGGCGUAGCACGCCCAGUCUCUGCCCCAACCCCUCUGCGCACCCGCCUUCGCAGCCGCACCUGAGCCCACUGGCGGCGGGUCCCAGGAUCGGCUAAAAACGGAGGCGGCUCCUUGCCGGACGGAGUCUUUACAUAUCCCUGGACCCGGGGGCAUGAGCCCCACAACCACCUGAGGCAGAGGGGGCGCUCCGCGGCAAGGACCGCGCCCCCGAAGUCCUGCACCCUGGUCUCUGCACUGCGGGACGCCGGUGCCCGACUCCGGUGGAGGCGUCCUCGGAGGAGCAACUAGGUGGGGGCAUGGAACCUGCGGCACCGGCCGGCCAGGCCCGGGCAGCGGCCACCAAGCUGUCGGAAGCGGUGGGCGCGGCACUGCAAGAGCCCCAGAGGCAGCGGCGCCUGGUGCUGGUCAUCGUGUGCGUGGCGCUGUUACUGGACAACAUGCUGUUCAUGGUCAUCGUGCCCAUCGUGCCCGACUACAUCGCUCACAUGCGUGGGGGCAGCGAGAGCCCCACCCCGACCUCCGAGGUGUGGGAGCCCACCCUGCCGCCGCCCACGCUGGCUAAUGCAAGCGCCUACACUGCCAACACCUCGGCGUCCCCGACGGCUGCCGGGCCGGCCCGAUCUGUCUUGCGGCCUCGCUACCCCACGGAGAGUGAAGAUGUGAAAAUUGGAGUUCUAUUUGCCUCCAAGGCCAUACUGCAGUUGUUGGUGAAUCCCUUGAGCGGUCCCUUCAUUGACCGCAUGAGCUACGAUGUGCCGCUGCUGAUCGGCCUGGGCGUCAUGUUUGCGUCCACGGUUAUGUUUGCCUUCGCCGAGGACUAUGCCACGCUGUUCGCAGCACGCAGCCUGCAGGGCCUGGGCUCAGCCUUCGCUGACACGUCCGGAAUUGCCAUGAUCGCCGACAAGUAUCCUGAGGAGUCUGAGCGCAGUCGAGCCCUGGGCGUGGCGCUGGCGUUCAUCAGCUUCGGAAGCCUAGUGGCGCCGCCCUUCGGGGGCAUACUCUACGAGUUCGCUGGCAAGCGUGUGCCCUUUCUGGUGCUUGCUGCCGUGUCGCUCUUCGACGCGCUGCUACUGUUGGCGGUGGCUAAGCCCUUCUCCGCAGCUGCACGCGCACGGGCCAAUCUGCCAGUGGGCACGCCCAUCCAUCGUCUCAUGCUGGACCCUUACAUCGCUGUGGUAGCCGGCGCGCUCACCACUUGCAACAUUCCCCUUGCCUUCCUCGAGCCCACUAUCGCCACGUGGAUGAAGAACACGAUGGCGGCGUCGGAGUGGGAGAUGGGAAUGGUUUGGUUACCGGCCUUCGUGCCCCACGUGCUAGGUGUCUACCUCACCGUUCGCCUGGCGGCGCGCUACCCACACCUGCAGUGGCUGUAUGGUGCGCUGGGGCUGGCAGUGAUUGGCGCCAGUUCGUGCAUUGUGCCAGCUUGUCGCUCCUUCGAGCCGCUAGUGGUCUCCCUCUGUGGCCUCUGCUUCGGCAUUGCACUAGUGGACACCGCGCUGCUGCCCACGCUAGCCUUCUUGGUGGACGUGCGCCACGUUUCAGUCUACGGCAGCGUCUACGCUAUCGCUGACAUCUCCUAUUCCGUGGCCUACGCGCUCGGGCCCAUAGUAGCUGGCCAUAUCGUACACUCGCUUGGCUUUGAGCAGCUCAGCCUUGGCAUGGGCUUGGCCAACCUGCUCUAUGCGCCGGUCCUGUUGCUCCUGCGCAACGUGGGCCUCCUGACGCGCUCGCGUUCUGAACGGGAUGUGCUGCUAGACGAGCCGCCUCAGGGUCUGUACGACGCUGUGCGCCUACGUGAGCGUUCUGUGCCGGGCCAGGAUGGCGAGCCUUGCAGCCCGCCUGACCCUUUUGACCGGUGUGAGGAUGACUACAACUACUAUUACACACACAGCUAGCAGCCCCACUCCUCUUCCAAGCCACCCACCCUACCCCCUUGGGUCAAGGUGACUGCCCUGCGAGCACACUGGCCAGCUCGGGCUAAGUACCCGCCUCCUCCAGCGAGUUCCCCAGCUCCUUCCCAGUCUUGACUUCCCUUGUCCUAAUCCCCUAUCCGCGACCCAUUCCCUAGUCCUCUCCCUCUUAUCCAACGGGGUCUGGAACACCAAGGUAUGAGAAGUGAUUGCACUCCUGGCAGAGGUGGAGGUGUGGGAGCGACCACCUCGGAACUCCCUAGCGUAGAGCAGAACGUUUGUCUGUACUCCCUUCGGUUUUUCCCAGUGCCAAACUUGGCCUGCUGCCCCGCGGCGCCUCCGCCGAAUUAAUAAACCAUGUCUGUCCGA